UUUGUCUUCUUGAAUGGCAGUCUCCGAACUCGAGCAGGGGGCAGCAAGCGUACAUAACAUAUCCAGGUAGUUUGUUACAACGUCUCCGCCGUCCCGAGAAGAUACGGCCCGACUGAAAAUCGCCAGUAAUUGGACAGUGUCUGCUGGUGUCCCUUUCACGCUUUUGCCACGAUGGCACUUCGACGGUGCACGGCUUGUGCACAAAGAUUGACUUGCAGCCGGGAAGGCCUGUAUACCAAGCUUCAUGCAACUUCAAGAUCAUUUGAUUCUCCUGGAGGGUUGAAUGCGAGACAAUAUGCCUCUUUGUCGUUGACGAUUAAUUCGGCCAUGGGCAAAAGGCCCCUUCCCCCCAAGGUUUCUGCUCCUCGACGGGAUUCACUCGGCGCCAACUUACCCACGUGGAAGCGAAGAAGUGCCGAGCGAAAGGAACGCCAAAUGAAGGCUUGGGAAAAGACUCGAGGCGAAUGGAACGGCACCAAAAGAAGCAGCAGAGCGCUGGAGCCUCGCUUUGAAGAUGAUAGAAAGCUGCCUCCCAAACGAGCCGGCAGACUGCUCGUUAGUUCUUCUUCAUGCUCAAAGGGCAAGGCUCGGGCCACAAAAGAGCAGUUGAAAGAGGCGAAAGACGAAGCCUCAGCAUCCAAGACACUUUCAAGCGAACGAUCGAAGUCGUCGCUUCCUCCCCACAAGAAGAAAACAACCUUGCUUUACGGGCAAGAUGCCGAGUCCUCUCGUAGGACAACACGGCGUCUGGAUGCGGGUGAAGGGGCAUCAGAGCAGACCGCACCUAUUUUCCGUAAAACAGGGUCGCUAGAGCCUUCCAACACUGUUAUUGAGAAGGUCCAGCCUUUACGGUCGAUGGACGUACCACGCCUAGGGCACGGAUUGGAUCGAGUUCUUUUCAACCCUGGUGUUUAUUGGCUCAAAGAUCCACGCUCGGGUAUUUACAACUUCGACCCUCGCAUUCGCAAUGUCCUGGACGUAGACCUCUUCGACUAUGAGACUUUACCACCGUACAUUACAUCAAGCCAUGACCAAGAACUCGCUCAGCUUGCAAAGAACCAUUCUGCAAAAUUUGUGGGAAGCACCAGUAGUCUUACGGGUCUCCUUAGCCACUGCUACUUUCUCUUGAGCGCCUGGCGAUCUCCAGACUUGUCUGGGUUCAGUGCCGGUUACGAAUGUAUGCCGAAAGGUUUCUCCGCUGGAGCAUCAUUACCCGCGUCCGUCAAGCUAGUAUACAAGGAUGGUAUCUACGCUGUCGACUCGGACAAGCACGCAUCGGGCGAGGCUGAGAACUCCAAUUAUGUCCUCACAUCCCUCGGAAAGGCCAUGGAGAAGAUGCUCACGACCACGCCGGAGGACUUCGAACGCUUCACCCGCCUCAACAGUUGGAAGGUCACAGAGAAAGAGAAAACCCAUAAAGAGAGUUACCAUUAUGCCAAGACCAAAAAAUUCCUCAUGCGCUCACAGCUUGAUUGCCAAGACGAGCGUCUCCCUCGCAAGACCUUCGACCUGAAAACGCGCGCAGUUGUUGCCGUUCGACAGGACCGCGCCAAUUGGGUUGAAUCGUCUGGCUAUCAGAUCCGCUAUAAUAGCGGCAUUGUCGAGUCGUUCGAGCGCGAGUACUACGAUAUGAUUCGCGCUGCGCUGCUUAAGUAUAAUUUUCAAGCCCGGAUCGGACACAUGGACGGCAUAUUUGUUUGCUACCAUAACACCGCCACCGUCUUUGGGUUCCAAUACUUUAGCGUAGAGGACAUGAACGCCCGUCUGUUCGGGAGCCAAGAGAUGGCGGAUCAAUCGUACCACAUGUCGAUCGAACUGCUGGAGCACAUUUUCGAAUCCUGCAUUGCCAUUUAUCCACAACAAUCCCUCAAGCUGACCGUCCACGCACUCGAAGACGGAGCGAUGAAAGUAUUUGUCGAGCCAGAUACAGGUGCGCAAGCGGUACCUGACAAUGUGGGCGAUCAUGUCAAGGACGAAAUCUCCCUUUUGAAGGUCGACGUCGACCGCUGGCUUGAUGGUGCGCUGGUAACAGGUCCUGUCCAAUUUGACGCGUUACCUGGUCGCAAGGUCAGAGAGGAAAACGAGGAGAUGCGCAAGCCAAGGCAGUCGAUGACGCCGGUUCGAUGGUCAGUUGAUUAUUCCAUCGAGAAAAUGGACAUCUCGUCAAGCACGGUACGAUCGCAACUGCAACAAGUGCGAGAACGACAAGCGAGCAUUAGCGGGCUAAUCGAACCAAAUGUGGAUGCCAUCAAUGAGCGUGAGAGGUAUCGCGAGACCGUGCUUGCCCAGAACCCCGAAGCAUUGCGUCGCUUCUUGGAGGACAGGCAGAAUGGCAAGGCACCUGGGAUGCCAGAAGCGCCUGGACAGAUCGUGGGACCCGUCACAGAAGCUGCUCGCAAGAUCGCAGCCGAGAACGUGCUGUCGCAAGCUCACGACGAUGGAUCGGAAGGCGACGCAUCAACAGCAGCUGAGCCAAUUAACAAGGACACCAGCAAGGGCGAAACCCGUGAUAAAGAGGCAUAUUUUAGAAAGCUGCUUGAGAAGAGGAUCUGGCGCUUGCGACGCCUUGCUAAACUUGGCGCGGAAGACGCUGCGACGGCUGCAAAGGUAGAUCCCCUAAAGAUGUAUCGA